GCCUGUCAAUAGAGAGCAGUCUGCACUCCACCUCAGCGUUGGAGUUGGAGGAAACACGAUUUCAGAAGACAACAUCAAAAUAAGAAACAGGGCGAAGAUCUGGGCGAUUCGUUUUUGAUUUCCAGUACGAGUUAGAGCUCGAGCUACUCCAAUGGCGGAAGAUCUAGUCCUAGACACGGCAAUUAGAGACUGGGUUCUGAUCCCUCUCUCUGUCGUCAUGGUUCUUAUUGGAAUUCUUCGGUACUUCGUCUCCAAGUUAAUGCGAUCUUAUCAAUUGCCCGACGCCAAGGUCGUCAAAGAAGGACAGGUUGUUAUUAGGGCCAGGAAUUUACGGGCGGCUGCAAAUUUUAUUCCCCUGAAGUCGUUUCGUGCUAGAAGGACGUAUUUCAGUAAUGAGGAGAAUGGGUUGCUGCAUGUCCCUAAGGGCCAGGCUCAAAAUGCACAAGCACAAAUGUUCUCUGAUCCCAACAUGGCCAUGGAUAUGAUGAAGAAAAACCUCUCUAUGAUAAUACCCCAGACUCUUACUUUUGCGUGGGUCAAUUUUUUCUUCUCUGGUUUUGUCGCAGCAAAGAUACCCUUUCCACUGACUCAAAGGUUUAGAUCAAUGUUACAAAAUGGAAUUGACUUGAGCACAGUUGAUGUUAGCUAUGUGAGCAGCCGUUCAUGGUAUUUUCUCAAUCUAUUUGGACUAAGGGGUCUAUUUAGCCUCAUUCUAGGAGAAGAAAAUGCUACAGAUGACACACAGCGAAUGAUGCAAAUGAGUGGGUUUGGAUUUGAUCCUACAAGGAGCUUGAGUGCAGAGAAAGACAGUCUUGACAUAGUUCAACAUGAGUGGGCCCUGCCAAAAUUUGAGCAGCGUGCUGAAGCAGUCUUGAGAAGACUUGUAAGAUGAGUUUUGUACUAGAGCCACAAAUUUUCCUCCGCAGAUACUGGUGGUUCACUGGUUUAAUCUACUUUCUUUGUGCAUUUUUUGUGGUUAAAUUCCACGGUAAUUGAUGAAUCUUUUUACAUUUUUGGAACUA